GCUGCGAUGAAAUGUCAUAAUCAUAUAAUUUCAGUGGAUUUGUGCCAGAGAAAUCUAGCAGAUGUGAAAAAUUGUGAUGUUCACGGUGUACAAAACUAAUGAUAUUAAAUAAGUUGAGUGCUAAUUUAAGUGUUCUUCAAACAGUUGGUGGAGCACACGUACUUGGAGCACAAAGACUUGAAGUUGGAUGAUUUAACAAUUUCGUUAGUGCGCUCUGGAGCGAGCUGACCGGAGAUGAGCUCGCCACCACCCAUGCAGCUGGAGGUGGAGGUCGGGGACGAAUCCAUGGAAGUGGACACAGGGGACAUGAUACCGGCUGUCAGGUUUACAUUGACGGCGCGUGCAGACGCCGUGCUGGACUUAUGGCGCACAAAGUUAGCAGAGGGGGUGCUCUCGCCUGCCCACUUCCAAGACCACUGGCGGGUAACAGUGCCGAGGAUCUACUCGCCACAGCCCAACAGGACAUGUUUAGACUGGUCCUUCGACGAGGAUUUGGCAACGAAACUGUUAAUAGAACCGUUAGAACAGUUCGUCUACGGAUCCGCGGAGAGUUCGCAGCCGCCGCCGCCACGACGCUCCACCCUCUGCGGGAAAGUCUUUAAGCAGGGAGAACCGGCUUACAGCUGCAGAGAAUGCGGCAUGGACAACACGUGCGUGCUGUGUGUGGAAUGCUUCAAGGUGUCUGCGCACCGCCACCAUAAGUACAAGAUGGGUCAGUCGGGCGGCGGCGGUUGUUGCGAUUGCGGUGACACGGAGGCCUGGAAGCGAGACCCCUUCUGCCAAUUGCACGCUGCUCCAGACAACGAAGAGCAAGCCCAGGCCAGCACGGACCCGGAAGUGACGGAGCGUAUGAUGAUAGUCGCAUCCAUGUGCCUCUCCUACUGCUUCCGACUGCUCACGCUUGACCACGCGCCCGGCCUGCCCAAUGACUUGAUAUUAAAAGACGCUGAAAGAGAUUUACUACAAAUACUCGAUCAACCUGAUUGUUACUGCACAGUUUUAUACAAUGACGAAACUCAUACUUUUGAACAGGUUAUAACAACCCUGAUGCGGGUGAUAAAAUGCUCAAAACGCGACUCGGUGGAGCUCGUCAGUCUGAUAGACCGCGAGGGUCGCGCGCUAGUCAAGUGCAACUCCUUUCAGAUCUGCGACAAACUCAAGACCGACAUUGAGAUGUUCACCUCCCGCCACGGGCCGGCGCUGAAGGUGCUAGUGAUGCACGCACACGUGGUCGCGCACCAAAUGUUCGCGAUGAAACUGCUAAACUGGCUACAAAAUUUCGUGAGCCAAGAGCAAAGUCUCCGAUUAGCCGUCAGCCAAGUGGCUCUAGGCGAGGAAUCUGGCUUGGCUAGUUGGGCUUUAGCCGGGACUAGUGUCGGUGUAGCCGCCGGGGUCAUGCAGAACGACUGCCACAUGUGGAAAGCCGCCAGGACCGCGUGGCAUCGGCUGCUCAUAGCGACCACCCUUAUGGAUACCUCCACCAAGAGGACUAUGGCUAUUUUGUUCACCAAAAAUUACGGUUCGAUCCUGAAGGACUUCAUCCGCGACGACCACGACCACUCGUUCUCGAUCUCAUCGCUAUCAGUGCAGCUGUACACGACGCCGACACUCGCCCACCAUCUCAUCGCAAAGCACGACGCACUAUUCGUCGUCAUGAACACGUUCGUCAGCGAAUGCAAUCGACGAUGCAACUCCGAGGGUCGGUUGGAAUUCGAUCGCAAUCACGUGUCCAUGGCGUUCAAGCGUGCACAAUUCGUCCUAUACGACGUGAAGUACCUAUUGGGUUCCUUGCCAACCACUUUCGAUGACGACCUUCGGAAGGGCUUCCUCCAUGGACUGUCUCUGAUGCUGAACCUACUAGUCAUGAUGCAGGGAAUGGAUUCUGUUGUGAGACAGAUCGGCCAGCACAUGGAAUACGAGCCCGAGUGGGAGUCGGCGUUCAACCUGCACGUGAAGUUGGCGCAGAGCAUUACGUUGGCGCUGGAGUGGUGCAGUUCGGAACGCGCGCUCGCCGCGUCCGCGUACCGCAUGGCACUGCGCCGGCACGCAGACACGUGCGCGAAGAACGCGAGCGAACUCAGAGAACUAGGCAACCAAAGUGCGUCAGUGAUCCCAUACGACGUAUCCAAAGAACCCGUGUCAGUACAUCGUCCACUAUCAAGGUUCAUUGCUGGUCUACAUUUGCAACUUCAUCGCCAUGGGUUAUCCUACCACAGUCGGGAGUUCGAACGCCAGGAUCGACCUAAACCGACCCCGGAAGAGCUCAUAGAGCCGGUGCUAUGCACGAUGGCCAUGAUAGCGCAAGUUCACGCGGGCAUGUGGCGUAGGAACGGGUUCGCGCUUCUGAACCAGCUGUACUUUUAUCACAACGUCAAAUGCCGCACCGAGAUGUUCGACCGGGACGUGGUUAUGCUGCAGAUCGGCGCUUCUCUUAUCGAAAGCAAUGAAUUCAUGAUUCAUGUAUUGAACAAGUUCAACCUGUUGGACUGGGCGGCCGCUGACUUUGAGCAGAAGCCGAUAGAAGAUGACACUCUGAGGCAUACGAUUAGUAUGGUUGAGGAGUUCUUGGGGCUUCUGAUUACAGUGGUGGGCUCCCGAUACGUGCCGGGUGUGGGCGAAGUUUGCAACGAAGAGAGAACUAAAAAGGAGAUAAUCCAGAUGCUCUGCGUCAAACCGAUGCCGCACUCAGAACUUAAUAGGGCCCUACCCGAAGAUCAACUCCACGAAACUGGCCUCGAAGCAGUCAUUCACGAAGUCGCGGACUUUGUGAAGCCGUCCAGCGGCAACAACCGCGGUGUGUACAAGUUGAAGCCGCAUUUGUUCGACGACUACGACACGUUCUUCUAUCACUAUACCAGAGAAGAACUCUCUAGAAGUGAAGAAGAACAGAGAAACAGGAGAAAGUCUGCUGGUCUCCCAGAAUGCUGUCCGCCGCCACCCUUGCCCAAACUAGCGCCGCCCUUCAGACUACUCGCAAAUCUGCUCCAGUGUGACGCCGCGUUACACGUGUUACGAUGCGUCCUCGAAAGGGCGUUGGACUUGAAGGCGAGAUCUUUCUCUGAGCCACAAGUACAUAAGGCACUCCACCUCAUUGGCUAUGCCCUGCGCGACGAAGAGUGCGGCCACUACGAGUUCUUGGCCUUCGCGGAAAGUGCGGCGCGAAGUGGUCUGCUGACCUUACUGCAGCGACUAUCUGUCAGUCCACGAGUAGACGCUCACCAGGCGCUCGCCAAGUGGCUGUUACACAAGAUGCGGACGCUUCUGGGCCGUGGGGAAGAACACAUUGGUGAUGGCGAAAACAUGGACACUGACCAGGAAGAAAAGCCAACAGUGGAUGCUACAGCCGAGGCGGAAAAAGCUCGUCGUGCCAAACUAGCGGCGGAGCGACGGGCAAAGGUGAUGGCGCAAAUGAAGAAUCAAAUGAAUAAGUUCAUUGCCAACAACACUACCCUCUUUGAGGAGACUAACACGGCGGUGACAGAAGAAGAGGAAAAACAAGACCUUUUACCAUUAUACAGAGGCGCAGCGCUGGGCGUUUGGGGCGGAGGAGUCAACGAAGCGCCGAGAAUAUGCAUCAUGUGUCAAGAACAGGCUCGCGUAGAAGCGAUGGCGGAACCGAUGGUGCUCGUGGCGUUCGCGCAGAACUCCACCGUGCUCAACCGCAGGGGCGUGGGCGCGGGCGGGGCGGAAUCGGGGCGGAGCGCGUGGGCGCCCGCCGGCUUUGGGCCGCAGCCGCACGUGUCGUGCUGCGGACACGCGCUGCACGCCAGGUGCUGGAGGAAGUACGUGGACGGGGUGCUCGACAAGGAGAAGCUGAGACCGUACCGCAUCCGCCAACCCACAGCCUUCGACGUGGAGAAGAAAGAGUACCUGUGCCCGUUGUGUGAGCGGCUUUGCAACACGGCCCUGCCGCUGCUGCCAGCACUUGCCAUCCCCUCCCACCCCCCGCCGCCCCUCAGCGAGACCACGUAUGCCGACUCCACGGAUCUCAUAAUACAGCUCAAACAUCAGAUCUGCUCAGAGACCGUCCAUCUCUGCACGGAAUACUGUGAAGAUAUGCUUUGUACGGCGCGGGCUCGCUCUGUUGGGGCCAUGUCUUCCGACAUGGAAGACGAGUCGGCCGAUGAAGCCGAAGUGUACAUAUCAACGCACGCGGAGAAUCUGUUACCAGCCGAGUUCUUGGCCCACUUCGAUACCGUGCUGCCCGAGUAUAAUGAAACUACGAAAACUCUUAUCGAAGACUUCGCUAAGAUGCUUCCAGGUUUAAGUGAAAUAUCGGAAUCGGGAGGUCUGGUAUCAGUGGCAACCCUGUGUCGAGCUACAUCGUACACAAUACAAAGCACAAACACCAUACUACAGGCCGAGAAAAGGCCUUUAUUGGGCGACCUACCGUCCAGGCACAGAGAUGCUUUACAAACCAUAAUAAGGCUAGCAGCUGUCAUACCAGCUGUAUGGUCUGCGCCCAAACAUGUAUCGCACCACGCUUUAAGCGCAUUAAAUACUCUUGGGAAAACUUCUCCUCUCACGCACGAAGUUUUCGGCACUCUAGUCGCAUUAGUCAUAACUAUACCUUCAAUAUUCAGCAAAACUUCGGGACCUGCAAGACCUACGCAUUUAGCGAGGCAACUGACGCUAGAAGCGUUCAGAGCGACAUUAACUAAAGCUUUAAUAAUAACAGAAGUGACGACGUGUACCGCUGAAGGAAUGGAGGGCGAGGAACAGGUCAAUCCAGACCUGGAAAACCUUUUGUCGAUCAUGAAAGAAUUACGCAGAGGGAAGUUGGAAACAGACAAUUUGAACCCGAGUGCAGUUUGGGAAUGUGUCAAAAAACAGUGUCUGAAUUUCCUGAGAUGUUGCUGUCUGUUCUUUCACUUUUUAAGCGAUAUUCAACCGUCGACAGAAUUAACUGUGGUCGAUGGCGCCACGUGGGACGCGAUGUGCGGGUAUUUAAAUAUGCCGCACUCAUUUAGAGAUUUAAUAGACAAUUUGUUGGCCAAAAAGAAAGCCGCAGCGUGGGCAGAGGCAUCGCAGGCUUGGUUCCAGGGCGAAAUAUUGCCGAGUAUAGUUUUAGAACCCAGCGAACCGCCCAGAUUGGUCACAUUGCCGGAUGACUUUUCGGAACUUAUGAACGUGGUUUCGGAGUUCACGUGCCCGAAUUCCGAGCGGGAGGACAGUAAGAACCCGACCAUGUGUCUGGUCUGCGGGCAGAUAUUGUGCUCGCAGAGCUACUGUUGCCAGAUUGAAGUCAGCAAGCCACACGGGCGCAGCGGCGUGGACCUGGUGGGCGCGGUGGUGGCGCACGCGCUGGCCUGCGGCGCGGGCGCGGGCACGUUCCUGCGCGUGCGCGAGUGCGAGCUGUUGCUGCUGGCGGCGCCGGCGCGCGGCGCCAUGCUGCCCGCGCCCUACCUCGACAACUACGGCGAGACGGACCAGGGUUUACGGCGAGGCAACCCACUACACCUAUGUCAGGAGCGGUAUGAAAAGCUCCGCAUGAUAUGGCUGAGCCACGGCAUCUACGAGAGGAUCGCGAGGGGCCUGGAUACAAACAUGCUGGUCACCACCACAUGGCAGAACAUGUGAGCGAUGCGUCUGUUCAUAGCAUCACGUGCGACGCGCCGGGAAUAGCACAGGCUCGUUGCACGGGCCUUAAUGCGUACAGCACGCACGCACGUGCGUCAGCGUAUUGGGAACGUGCAACGUUAUCUUAAAGAGUUAUUUCGUAGUUAUAUAUUACAUGCAAGACGUCACUUCAGCGAAAAGCGGCGGGAUCUUGCCCGAAAUGCAAUACGAUAAAUACGUAAGGACGUGCGUUUGAACGUAAACUUAUUUCGAGCGUGAAACGCUGACUAUAAAUAUAUUUGAGUGUAUGAAGAGAUAUUCAUCGUUAAGAUCUUUCCCGUUUGCCAAGUUACUUUAAAUAACUCGAACUGAGCAAGCUUGCUUUAACACUUGAGCAAUGCUUUCUGAAACUGUCGUCCUGUCGUUAAAAGCGUUCCUGAAUCAAAAAAUAUUCGAUGCAAUUUCUACAACUAACAAUAAAUUACAAAUGGAUAAUAAAACUAUAUUUUUUUAAUCGAACUGCGUUGUCACUACGUUAUAUCAACUGAUUAGUUUUAUUUUGUAGCGCACACUGACAGACAUCAAGAAUGCAUUUUUCAGGCCAGUAAACAAAAAAGGCUGAUUUAGCACGAACUUUCAUAAUAUAAACAUGCAUAACGGAUGCUUGUGUGUUACUAAUUAGCAUAGUGUUUUAUUCCUUGCAAGGCUUGGUAUUGCAAAAGUGGAAUCUAUCUUCCACGAAAUACAAUACGAUAUGACCUUGCAUUAGACAUUAGGCUGGUGAAGUCAUGACGAUGCGCGGAAUCUCAUUCAUCUCAAUACACAUUUUUAUGACACACGUAUCACGUUUUUUUCACAUAACAUUGUCUCUCUUAACACGUUUUAUAAUGACAAUAUCUUGGGUAUUAUAUUUAUGUAUUUCGGUAUCCCCAUAAAUAACAUGUUUAUUAACAUUUCCGUAAAAAUCCCACUCAAAGGUUCAAUUCUGCGCGCCGAAGUAUCUGUGUGCUUUUUAUGGAAAUAAUAAUAAAUUUAUAAAAUAAAUCGAUUUAAAGUACACAAAUAUAUAUUCGCAAUAUGAAACGCUUGCCAAUUUAUGUAUUGAGAAAGAUUGAAAUUGUAGAUAUACUCUGGUUAAAUACGAUUUAAAUCUUUGUGUAAAAUUGAAAUGAGACUUAAUAAUUGUUGAUGAUACGAGUACUUCCAUAAUGCGUAAACGACGUCAAAUACAUACUAGUAAAACUGAUAUUUAUCCAAUCACUUUUGAAACAACAGCGUUUAUAGAAUUUUGUGAACACUACCAGGAAUAUUAUUCAUUUUAUAAUUUUAAAAUUAUUGCAUUAUUUAAGAACAAAAUGGUUCUAAACAGUUGUUCAUCGGGGCUUCGUGUUUUGAUUCAGUGUACUGAAGCGGUAUUAAAAACGUGUAGACGAAAUCGCAGUGUUAAAAAUUUACUGAUGUUAUGUGUCAAAAAUGAUAAAAGUUUACGUACAACGUUAACGUUAGUGCGUAUUUAUGUUUUAGAGCUAUUGUGAUCACAAGUUUUAGUGUGGAUUAGAACGCUGUAUUUCUUUAAUUAUUAAAAUAGAUCCUAGAUUCUAGUGGCGUUUCGGCGAUCUAAUGAACGCUCGGACACCCUGUUAAUUUGUUAAAUAUUACUACUAAUUUAUUCGGAUUCUGAAAAAAAAUAUUCUCAAUAUGUAUACGCGAGUUUGGAAUGUGGAUGAGUAUAACAUCACAUGGCCGAAUUGUUUCGACUGUAAUGUAAUUUUGAUUUUUAGUAUAACAAUAAUUUGUGUUUAUUUUUUAAAUAUGACUUAGCCAAAUUGGUUCAAUUUGUAUGUAAUUAUGACGCUGACAAAUUUAACAUGGCAAAAUUUUUUGUAACCUUUCAAAUAAUAUCUAAUGAUUGUGAUUUUAUUUUAAACAUUUCGCAUGGCCAAACUGGUUAUAUCUUAAUGUUGUUUUAAUGCUGAAAAAAUAGAAAUUUGUGAUUUUAUUUUAAACAUUUUAAUAUCUAAUUUGUGUUUUAUUUGUGCAUUUGAAAGUAUAUUUAAUUAGAAAACAUAUACAGAGUAAAUUAGUCAAUCCCAACACGCCAUUUUUUAUACAUUUACAUACACUAUUCGCGAGAUUAUCUUGUUUUAAUUUAAAUCUAAACGUAAAGCCAUAAGGCCUGUAUUUCAAUGGUGUUCACAAUAGUUUAUUAUUCCUUUGUGCGCAAAAGAAUAUUGUCGAUGUAAUUUAUAACAGUGACAUUUUGCACUUAAUAUACAAGAAUGUGCGCCUUUAUUUAAGGCGGAAUCACACAGCGUUGUGCGCUACGCGGGAUAGAGUAGAGCUAAUUUUUUUUUAAAGCUUUUUCUUUCUUUUCUAAGAAAAUUUUGAAAUUUAAUUUGCUAUACUCUGCGAAAAACAGGAGAAUCUGUAUAGUGUAAUUUUUUCAAUUAUUCAAAUCAAGGUUAAUUUCAUUGUGAUUUAGAAAUUGAAAAUUCUUAAAUAAUUAUGUGCCGGAAAUCGAGUAAGCAAUUAACAAUGGUUUAGAUUUCCACUAGUAGGCAGUCUUUUAGAAUAAUUUUUUUUCGUGGGAAGUUUCGUUCGUAGAUUUUAGAGAUUUCCGCCUCUUUAAUAAUUAUUUUUGACAGACCAUGACCGCAUGGUUAGUCGAAAACCACACACGCAUAAAACCACAAAAAAACGCAUGAAAGGAGGUCCUACAAAGUGGCGUACGUGUUAAGACGCGAGGGCACGUAACGUAAUGACACCGGUAACCACGCCUUUCAGACAAGAACACAGCAUUGCAACAAUGCUGCUUAGCGGCAGAAAUAAGCAUGGUGGUAGCACUACCCUACUACCUAUCUACUUUUCCUUGUCGCUGAACAUGACUAAUAACUUUUUAUUUCCUCGAAAGAUUUCGAAUUAGGCGACAGAUUAAAUUGACUAGUGCUAUCUUAAUCUUAAGGUAAUAGUUGGAAAAGGAGAGCACUACUACAUUCAAUCUCCCUUAUGAAAAUUUUAGAUUGGAUUAUUUUUCUGCUACAUCUUUACUUUGACUGCAAAGACCUUGUUAGUGAUGAUGUUGUCUAAGAUGGUAGCCAGCUAACCUGUAGGUGUAUGACAUUUAUACUAGACAUAUCUCUUAUUGGUUUUGACGCGGCAUGAUACAGGAACGGAAUUUACAACUUUAAAUCCUGAGACAUAAAGUUCAAUUCAGUUCGACGCUAUAAUGUUUCUAUUGCCAGUUCAGGAAUAUCACUCUAAGGGUUUACAUUUUUGUUGUGUUUGUACAGUUUUGUUGUGAAUCUAUUGGUCUAAUUUUAUCUAAAAUAGCUUCUUAGAAAUUAUAAGUUUAUAUUUAUAUGCUAGCGCAUAUUAAGGCCCGGCCGAUUGCAUUUUAAUGGUUUGCGUCGAAAAAAAGUCCAAUGCUAUUUUGCUCUGACCUUAUGUUAUUGUAGAAGAAUAGCAACUAUAAACGUGGCAUAACGUUGAAAUAGUUACGCAGUUUUUUAUUCACGCAAUUUCAAGUGAUUUCAGUGAAGUGUGACAAAACAUUGCUUAACUAUUCCAACGUACCAUGAUUAUUAAUCAGCUCCUAAUAGUUCAAGAACACAAUGCUUGCUCAGUUUCAUGCUGAUCGAUAAAGCCUGCCUUACUUCUUCUUCCUCUUGUCUUAGGAGAAUGGCUUUAUACGUGCACAGAGCACAAAUAUUACGCCAAUGUCAAUUGUUAUUGUCAGUGGUCAGCCUUUUUAUGAGUUAGUGAGUCUUUAACGUAAUAAUGAUACUAAAUCUCGAGACACGGUAGUGACUUAAAGCUAAGUUAGGGAAAGAAAACGGCGAUACAUCGGCCUUGUGUAAACAUCAUUAUCAAUCCAUCAUCCGCACGUCACAGAGCACAAGUAUCCUAAUUUUAUCCUGGAUAUGGACAUAGGAUACUUAAAUCCCGGAUCAGCACCAGAGUAAUGUUCCCAGGGGAUUUGAAUAAAGCCUAUACUCCACCGAUUUUGGCGAAACUAACGAGAAAGCUUUCAUCCUGAAGACUACCAAGAUUCUUUUAUUCUGGAAAAAAAGUAUUUUAAUACAAGAUGUUUAAAGAACUGAAAUAAACUUUAUUUUGCCUCAAAAUACUGCCCUCCUUGACAUGCGCUAGCCCUUUUCGUCCUUAAAAAGUUGUACAAAUAGUAACACCGAUUAAGAAUUUGAUUAUGUAUGAAAUAAGUCGUUUAUUCUUUAAACUUGCCAUUUUGGUCAUAUAUAUGUAUAUUUUAUGCUUGCGCACGGUUACACCCCGGGUAACUUCUUAGGUAACCCUAUUAAAGUAUAUAUUUUUUUCUGAAAUAAAGAUUUUCUUGGAGAUU